AUGAUUAUUACAUCCCAAUAUUUCAAGUUCUCCACAAUUUCAGCUGGAGAUGCUGCAAUACACACACAAUUUAACCCGUCAAGGCCGUCGGAUAUGUCGGCUGCCGUCAUCACAUCGCCAUUGCUUCACUCUCAGCCUCGUGCCGCUUAUCGGAAAAACUUUUCUCCUUUGCCCACUGUAAAAUUCGAGCUGAUGAGCUGCACAAGACGCGUUUCUGACGAUACAAAUGAACAUUACUUCAGCAGAAAGUCGCUAAAGUACUGGGACAAGUUCUAUAGGAGUCACCAAGACAAGUUUUUUAAGGACAGACAUUAUUUGAAGAAGGAUUGGGCAAAAUAUCUUUCUGAUGAUGAUGAUAACUGUGCAAUAUCUGCAAAUGGGAAAGUUGGUUUUGGAGCAGGGAAUACUAUCUUCCCUCUUAGUGCUGCAUAUCCUAAACUUUUUAUUCAUGCAUGUGACUUUUCAUCAGAGGCUUUAGCUCUUGUUAAGUCACAUUCCAGUUUCAAUGGGAAUCGGUUAAAUGUAUUUAUGUGUGAUGUCACGAGUGAGGAGUUAUGCGACAAAAUUCCGCCAUCUUCUGUUGAUGUUGUUACAUUGAUUUUCAUGUUAUCUGCAGUUUCUCCAAAUAAGAUGCCUUUGGUGAUACAAAACCUAAAAAAAGUACUAAAGUCAAAUGGUCACGUUCUAUUCCGAGAUUACGCUGUUGGAGAUUUCGCUCAAGUGAAGCUGAACAACAAAAAUCAGAGUAUCAGUGACAAUUUCUAUUAUAGAGGGGAUGGUACUAACUCAGGAAAGAUUCCUGGUGUCGGCCUAAUUCAUGCACCAAUAUCCUUGCUGCCUACACCGUUUCCUGAAAGUCACUGGAAACAAGCUUGCGAAGUAGCUCCAAUAUUCAACGAACUGGUUGAUCGUGUGAGCUUGAAUUCAGAAUUCCUGCAGGAAUCCCUCUCGAGAACCAAAAGGGUUGAUGCUUUUACAGCUAGACUCCUAGAUAUUCAUGCCAAGAUUCUAGAUAUGAACAAGAGAGAGGUAUUUCUUUCACGUUUAUUCUCUUAG